GAGUAAACAUGGCGCCAUUCCAAGCAAGCAGUUGUCAGUUUUUAUAAAAAUAUUAAGUUUUUAGUGCAAUUUACGUUGAAAUGGAUAAUAAAAAAAGCCCUAUACGAAGGGCCAAACGUUCUGCUAAAGUUUUAGAAGAUAAUUUCUGGGAUUGCAGUGUGUGUACUUUUAGAAACACAGCCGAAGCAUUCAAAUGUUUAAUGUGUGAUGUUAGGAAAGGAACUUCAACACGAAAACCUAGAAUCAACCCUCAAUUAGUGGCCCAACAGGUAGCCAGCCAAUUCUUGCCAGCAACGAGUAACCAGAAAAAGGAGAAAAAAGACAAGAAAUCCAUGAAAAAACGUCGCCAUCCGCCCAGGUUGAAAAACAUCGAUAGGAGCAGUGCCCAAACAAGGGAGGUUACAGUAAACAGUGUUACGGUUGUAAUUACAGAAUAUAAACCAAAAAUUAAAACUUCCGAAACGGUUUCGAGUAGUAGUUCAUCAGAUCACGGAUCCCAAUCCGAAUCUAGUAUGGACGCACGGUGAAUUUUAGAAAAAAAACUGCACUCAUCUAUGCAGUCCAUGUUAUAGGGUGCAGUGACUCUUUGUGCCGAGGACAAUGACUUGUGACGUCAGGUAAUGCGUUUGAGGAUCUUUAUUUAUAAUUUAUUUGUUUUGUACAAAAUUGACCACUUAUUGUUAGUAGGCAGAGAAAAUUAUUAUGCUCUUAAGACUAUUGUUACUAUUUUUUAUUAUAAUGAUUUAUUUAAAUGCUUUAUGAACCUUGCCAUACUGCAAAAUAUUUAAGUUCACUUGCUAAUGUAAGCUACAGCGAACAUAUAACAACCCCUUAAAUCAUAGUCUUAACAAGAAUAUAGACCUUCUAGAAGGGUACUGCCCUGUAACGUUUCAGCAUAGGAUUUUGUGCACAACUGAGUUCAUGCAUGCGGUCUGACAAUGACCACAGUAUUUUCAAAGGACAAAUAAACAUAACCAUCUGUUCCAUUCAACCUGUUCUAGGAGAAUAUAUAUUCUUUGGUCUUAAUCUAUCAUCAUCAUUGGCUCUACAAAACAGUUGGGAAUGAGUCUUGGCCUGUUCUAGGAUCAGCAUUCUAUAAUUUACCUUGGGUUUUCAAUUUCGUACUCUUACACUAAAGUCGUCUUCCAGCUGGUCCUUAACACCUUGGCUGCGUUUAAAGAUAUUUAUAAACAUAUAUUGAGUGUAUUAUGAGCAAUGAACUGUCAAUACGGAUGGAAUGGCCCUGUCCCAUUCAAAUAGUGAAGCGAGAUUGCCACCAACAUACAAGAGAGAGGUCCUAGAGAGAGACAGAGAAUGUGCUGGAAAAUGGACAUAAUAAGUCUUGAUGUCACAAAAUUGGGAGGAGCUUGUAUUUGACUCCAAACAGUUUUGUUUAUAAUGUUAAACACUCAUAAGGAAUUUUUAUUUUAUUGUUUAUGUGGUUUGUGUGACAAAAUAAGACUUUUCAUUUAGGUAUUUAGUUAAAGAAACAUGUCAAUUAAGAGAUUUUUAUUCGUUUUUGCCCAGGCGAGUUAAUUUAAUGCAAUGAUUAGAACGUAAACAGUUUUGAGGUUAUGUUUAUUUUCAACCACUAAGGAAUAAAAACCACCUGAGCAAAAACGAAUAAAAUUUUUUUAAUUAAUACGUUUCUUUAAUGAAAUACCUAAAUUCAAUUGCUUUUAAUGGGAAAUAAGCCACAAUUUUAGCCACAAAAAAAUGAUUUUAUUAACGUUUCGAAGCCCAAAUCGGGUUUCGUUGUCAAAAUACAAAAUACUACUUAUUUUGUAUUUUGAUAUUUUGUAUUUUAAAUAGUAGUAUUUUGUAUUUUGACAACGAAACCGGAUUUGGGCUUCGAAACGUUAAUAAAAUAAUUUUUUUUUGGUAAAAUUGUGGCUUAUUUCCCAUUAAAUGCAAUUGAAUAUAAAAAUGCCACAAGAAAAUAGCUUCAGAACAACAUUAAGAAAUACCUAAAUGAAGUCCUAUUUUGCCACACAAAGCGCAUAAAUGAAAAAUUACUUAUGAUCAUUUAACGUUACAAACAAAAUUUUUUGGAGUCAAUAUAAGCUCCUCCCAAUUUUGUGACAUUUGUGACGUCAGACUUAGGCCUAAUUUCAGUUGCCUAGGUAUAUCAACUUAAAUCGGGCAAAUGGACCUCAUAUUUUUUUAACUUGGUAUCAGGGCUGAUAGGCAGUAUUUAAAAAUUAAGUUAAGUUAAUAAAGUUAAAAAAAUAUGAGGUCUAUUUCCCCGAUUUAAGUUGAUAUAGGCAAAUGAAAUUACACGGCCUGUCAAAUUUUCCAGCACAUUCUCUGUCUCUCUCUAGGACCUCUCUCUUGUAUUGUGGCCGCAUUAAUUUUCUUCGUGCCUAUUCCAUCCGUAUAGGGCUUUUCAUUCACAGUCAUUUGUUUCGAGCUCCUGUCAUUUGUCACAUGAAUUUGAAUAUUAAUAUAUCUAUGUCGUAUGUUAUUGGUAUUACCAAUGAUACAAACCAAAGACAUAUGACGUAGAUAUAUUAAUAUUAUGUGACACAUGACAGAAGCUCAAAACAAAUGGAAAUCGAUGAAAAGCCCUAUUGACAGUUCAUUGAUUAUGAGGCAUAUAAUAUGUCAAGUAUACAGUAGUAUACCACAUUUGCAACACUCAAUCCAGUCUUUGGUUAGUAGAGUCUUACCUUAACUGCAUUAUUAUAUCCUUCAUUUAGCAAUCCAUCUGCCUGGAUAUGUCUCGAAUUCACAAUGAUUAUUUAUUGUAUAUUGUUUAUAGAUUCAAAGAUUCAAAAAUUUAUUGAGUAUGUUUACAAAAAAUGAUGAAAAUUUAAAUGAUAUUGUCCCCCUGUUUUCUUAAUUUUUUUGUCUUCUUAUCAGUAUCAGUUUGGCUAUUCAUUAGUUUCUUAAUCUAUUCUUAGGGUUCCAUAUCGAUUAGGAGCACACAACUUCAUAACCUACAAAAUGGUUUAACUCGACCACUACCAGGCUUUUUAGGGCAACCGUCAACAAAUUCAAAAUAUACAUGUUAGUCUACAGUCUACAACAUCCAUAAGGGAUAGGCACCAUAAAAAGGCCCUAAUGGAUAUUCCAUUAGAAAUCAGAAAUUUGUUAUCUACUAUGGUUCAUUUUUGCAAAUAGGCGGAGUAAACUCAAAAGACAGAGUUACAUCCAAUAAUGUCACUAGAAAAAUAUCCAGAUUCAUCUUCUUUUUUGGUUGAUCAUGUUGGCCUUCGGCAGUAUCCAUAUUCCAUAAAUAUUAUAUUACCUAUACUAAUACAUAGUUAGAGUUCUAAAAACAACUGUUUUUUUUAUAUAAAAAUGCAGACUAACAAUUUAAAAACUAAAGGAAUAUCACAGACAAUACAAAAAAUUGAUGAUAUAUCUUAAUUAAUCUAUGAUUUUUAGUAAAUGCCAUUAAGUAGUGUCAAAAUUUCAUAAAUGUCAAUAGUGUCAAAAUUUUAUAAUUUAAUGGAGUAAAUGUGCCUGUGGGGUUGGACCAAUUACAAACAAGCAUUACAGCCCUGUUUGCUAAUUUGAAUUAUCCUUCUAUUUUAAAAAUGAGGGAUUGUCAUCUAUUAUGUUCAAUCUUUUCGUCAAUAAUAAGUUAUAGAAAGCUGUUGUGUACUGCAUUUGUAAUGUAGAUUGUAAACUUACAAAUCUUAACCUUGUAACUUGUAUCCUGUCAUGCAGUUUUCUUCUUUUUUCUCUUCCCACUUUUAAUACAAACUUACACAAAUGCAACAUUUCCUCCCUUGACAAUGAAUUUCUUUACAAAUUCAUUUUGAAAAUGGUUUUGUAUAUUCUUGAAGAUCUAUGUAAAAUACAGCUCCUGUACUGAACCAUGGCUGGUGAGAGAAAUCCUGUCUGCGUUAAGAUUAGGUGGGUGUAUGACCGACAACAGUAUUUUUGUUACCGGCCAUGGUUCGUUCCAGGAGCUGUAGGUGUAACUUUGGUAACAGAAAUAACUUAAUACAGAUGAAGAACCUGGGACCUCAUAGAUGAUUUUGUACUCUCAUUUGAUCUAGGCAAUUUAUUUGUAUUGGAAAGUGAAUUUAUUUUAUUAUUAAUUGUAUCAGGUACAUUGGAGAUCUGAAUAUUUGUCUUUACUAACGGUACUAAAGGUGUAGACAAAAAUAUGGUUAUUUUCUCCUAUUACUUUUAAUUGAUUAAUGUGCCUUCUUCAAGUUCUUAUAUCAACGAAUUCAACCAAAUAUAGUCGAACCUGCUUAUUGAAAUAGCCUUCGUGCCAAGCAAAAGUAUUUCUAUACCUAACUGGGAUAUUCUCAUAACCGAUCGUUGGUGGCUAGUAAAAAUGUUUCAGGACCUCAAAUUUCUAUUCCUUAAACUGGGAUAUUCCUAUAACCGGUAUUCUAAUAAGCAGCUUCAACUAUAAUGUAAAAGACCCAAUAUUUUCAUAACUCUACCAAACUUCCAUUUGCCAUUAAUAUAAUCUGCUAUAGAAACUCUAGUGCAUAAUUCAAUAUCUCUGGUCCAUUCAUCAUUGUAAUUCUUUUACAGUAACUUAUUUUAUUAAGUCCAGUCUUGAGUUAAUCUCUCUCUCAAACAUUAAAAUGAAGGACGCUUUCCUGUCAAAGAAUGUGGGACCUUCCUUUAUUGUAGCAAUAAUUACUGUCUUAUAACAUUGUUUUGAUUUUUCAAUAUUUUAAUGACAUUUGAAUUUUCAACUCUUGAUACUGUCCUUGUUUCUUGAUCUCCUUCCUCAUAUUUCCACUCUUGUAAUUGGUAACAUGUAUAUUUGUAAAUUAAAAUCUCCCAUCUCCCUUAUUUCUACAUACAUACUUACUGUUAAUAUUCAAUAUGGAAUUUUUGUCUCUAGUUAGUAUCAAUUUUAUUGUUUCUUAAUGGUUCACAAUAGUCUAGAGUCUAGACAGAUUAACUUUUUGAAAUUCCUAGUUUGUUCAUUGUCUGAUUUAUUUGUUUCCUAUGAACUCUAGUCUAUGAUAAUGAGCAAAAGGUCUGAUAAGACUUUUAUUUUAGAAGAAAUUGGAUCACUUCCUUUGCUUAUACAAUUGGGAAAUUAUUAGCUGAAUCUGGGUCAAUCAUAAUAAUGUUAUUUAUAAUAAUAUGUACUUCAUUUAUAAAUAUUAUAUUUACUUAUAUAGGUACAGUUACGAUCACUGAAUAGUUUACACCUUAAUUUUUAUAUUGUAAUACUGUAAAAUUGCAGUGUCGUACGGAUCUGAUGAAUGUCAAAGUCAAAAAAUCAAUACUUGUCAAAAAUUUCGCGUGUUGAAAAAUAAAAUAAAAUGAUAUCAAACUCCCCCAAAAAUCUUCUUUGUAUGCUUUCCAUUUUGUUAAUUUUUUUUAUUUAGCUUAAUGCCUCGACAACUAAUGGACCUUGGUAUUUUUGUUAAAUUUUAUAAAAUAUAUUUACAGUAGAACCUCGAUUAUCCGUCAGGACACCGGACCAAGGGUAGGACGGAUAAAAGAAGGUUAACAGAACAUUAAAAAUUCAUAGUACAACUCUCAAAUUUCAUUUGUAUGGUUUGUUUGACAAUAUAAGAGGGAUUUGUGUUCGUACAACCGAAUCAAUGUAAAAUAUUCUAAAAUCUUUGUUUUUUUACUGUUGCUUCACAUUUUGCGACAGCUGAAUUUCUUAAUCGGCAUAAGAUCAUUCUCAACAAGCUUCUUGUUGAGAAUACUACUCGAUGAAUUAUUGCAUGUGCGAUGCAGUUUCUCUCUCUAGAUUAUUUACGCAAAUCUUUGUCAGUUACAAUAGGUUUAUCAACAUGUCUACAGUCAAAUUCCAAGUUGGUGUCGGCUUCUGAAUCUGUUUGGUCCGCCUUUGUUGCCAUUUCAACGAUUUCUUUAUCUGUCAGCAAUGGAUAGCCGUUUGUGUCCUCAUCACACAAAUCAAAUUAACUUUUUUUUAAAUUUUUUUACAUUAAAAUUUUUGCUUAUGUAGUCAAUACAACAUAUGAAUGUACCCUGACGGUUAACAGAGGUGACGGUUAAUGGAAAGACGGAUAAUCGAGGUUCCACUGUAUAUUAUUUUGACACCAACACCACUGGUAACGCCACUUUGACGUAAAAGGUGCGUUUAAACGAGGUAACAUUUAAAAAAAUCGGCUCCUAGAUACGUAAUCCUGUAAACUAUUCAAUGGUCGUAACUGUACAUAUAAAUAUUUUACAUAGCCAAUGUAACUAAUUUAAAUAUUUAACAUUAAGCACAUUGCAUUUUUAUCACUAAAUGGCUUAAUUUUUGGAUAAUUCUAAUGUACUUUAACUAUUAAAAGAGACAAAAACUUUUAAAACAUUCAACCUCAAUAUUGUCAGUACCAUCAUUCUCAUGAUUGCCUUAAAUAUACUUCCUCUAUAAAUAGCUGUUACUUGGCCCUCUUGUUGGUGCUUAAAAUAUUAAUCAAACAUACAAAAUUCUUCCUAGUUAGCCAUGACACAAAAUUUGGUUAAACAUUUGACAUUAUACCUACUAUUUAUAUAGUUUCAGUUGAUUUGUUACCAUUACUAAUAUUAAUUUUUCUAAUAAGGAACUGAUUAAAAUGGCUUUGUGUUAGGAGAGUAUAACAAAAAUGAGCUACUUGCAAUAAAAAUUUAUCAUCAGCAAUUCGCUGAUAGAUGACAACCAAGAAGAGAAACUUUGAAAGUAUAAUAAAACUGUCUCAACAGACUAGAUACUUAGAUUGUAAGAACGGUUGUACUAAUAUGCAGAUCCUCAGUGACACUAAGGAUUACAUUUAAUUCCUGUUUUCUUCAUUUACAAUAGUUUUUUGUUUUAUCAGAUUUAUCAUAAUCUAAGUAUCCAGUCCGUUGAAACCGUUCUAGUAUAUUUCCAAAUGUUUCUCUUCUUGGUUGUCGUCUAUCAGGGAAUUUCUGAUAAAAAAUUCUUAUUGCUAGUAUAGUAGCACAUUUUUGUUCUAGCACAAAAAUCUUAUUAAUCAGUUUCUCAUCAGAAAAAUUCAUAUUAGUAAUGGUAACAAAGCAACUGGAACUAUAAAAAUAGUAGGUAUAAUGUAAAUUUAAGUAAAUUUAGUGUCAUAGCCGACUAGGUAGAAUAUUGUAUGUUUUUAUUAUUAUUUUGCGCACCAACAAUCUUAACUACGAAUUUAUUUGGAUAUCUCGUCCAAUAUUAAUAAAUUAAGGAUCAGGCUAGAUGAUUAUUAAUUUUUUUUCGAAAAAUUAUUUUUGAUUGCAUAAUUAUUACGGCCACCUAAUAAAAUUUCACCUAAUUUUUUUUGCAAUUAAUGUUUGGCUUAAAGAAUCACGAAUAACUUACAAAUUAAAGCACUUAUGUAUAGGGAAUGCUUAAAAAAUAAAAAAGUACCAUAAAAUAUUAUCUCAUUACAAUACUUAAAUAGAAAAAAAACCAUUUUCCAUUUAAAAAACUCAAAAAAUACUCAUUCCGAGUUUCGACCAACCCUGUAUACUAAAAUUACACAUUUGGCUAUACUGUUAAUGUUUAACAAUAGUAGACUACUUAUAUUAAAAAUCAUUUAAACAUAAAAUAAAAAUUUGAUGUCAAAUCACUACAAUUCUACAGGGUGUAAAGGUUGCUACGAAAUUAAUUUAUCUUUUAAACUACCUCGUAUAAUAUUACAAAUCCUUAUAUUUUAAGAAAGGAAACGUUGAGGAGAAUCCAAAAAUGUGAAAAUAUAGAGGGUGUUCCAUUUAAAAAAUCAAGUUUGUGUCACCCUGUCAAUACGCACGCCCCUAUAUAUUUGAAAAUAUUUUUAAAUUAUGGUCCUAUCUGUGCUCCAACUUUUACCUAAAUAACUUUUUUUCGUAUCUCUUACGAGAAACGAGUAAUUGGACAUUGUUACACUAAUGCCCCACCCUGUAUAUUAGAAGUUUUUGGCUUCAUUGUAAGUUUGUUUCGUCAAAUUAUCUAAUCAUUGUGUUGCAUCAGUCAAUGUGUUAUCCUUUCUGGAUUUAUCCAAACAAAUCAUUAUUUUGUUUUCUGCAGCAAAUUAUUAAAAACAGCUUAGCAAACAAACCAAAUACUUGUUUCAGUAAUAUCACAUUCUUCUGCAUUUUUUAUUGCUUGAGUUGUUAUAAUGGUACUAAAAUUCCAAGGUCAAGGAGUUAUAAAAAACAAAUGAAUGUCAUUACCACAGUUAACUUAUUUAUGAUCAAAAACAUAAAACAAGUUACAUGACAAUAAAAUCACAUACUUUAUGUGAGGAAUUUCUGUUUAACUUCAGUCAUACCUGAACAAAACCAUUGUAGAUAUUUUCUAUUGCAUCUUUGUUGUCAGUCAGUCACAAGGGAAAUUGUGCAGAAAGUAUUUUAUUACGAUUUUCAAGGAACAUUGUUUCAAUGUAGUAGUAAAGUAUUUAAAAUAGGUACUACAUAUGUGGAGACUAUGAGACAGAUUUAUAUAACAUCGAAAUAAUAUACUCUUUGUCAUUGCGUUUUUACUCCGAGAUGCGGAGCUUUUAAUAAUAUAGCAACUUAUAGCUCUAUUAAAGCGCCUUAUAAUUAAAUAAUGGGCCAAAGUUCAAUAACUAAAAAUUAAUAGAAAACAAAAAAAUUAGGAAGAAAAAAGUUUAAUCAAUUUAAUCAUGAUCAUGAUGCUACGGCCCUUAAAGAGUCUCAACCUUCUCAAGAUUUCUGCGGCAUUCUGCCUUGCCCCUUGCUUGAAUUUUCCAGUUGGCAACAUCGAUCUUCCCAGCGUCUUAUACCUCCUUCCCACAGCCGAAGACCAUGGACGGCAACGCACCGCAGACAGAGCUCUUCCCAUGGUCCGUGACAGUCUGUAUAGGUCCGUCUGUGUAGUGUUUGAUUUAACCAUUUAACUCGCUUCUUUUUUAAACUUAUAACGUAUGUAUCGUUCCUGUUCUUAUGCUCUGGCGCUGUAGAAUUCCAUAACGUUGGUUCAUUUUGAUUUAAAAAACUGACAUUAUUUAAUCCAACUUUUCCUAUUCUUUAUUCUUGACAUUAUUGGUAAUAGGAAAUAAGACUAUCCUGUAAUCUUAAUUAUAAUCUUACCGUUAAAAUAUUUUGGGGACGGCUGUUCGAACGCUAAUCAAAAAUGGAAUCAACUGAUCAUUAUCAAAUAUUUAAUUACUGUCACCAACUGUCAAUGUCAACUUUGUUUGGGUUGCUGAAAACAUAAUUGAUUACAAUUAUGAUAUUUAUUAAUAAAUUAUGUUAAUAAUUGUUAUGUUAAUUAAUAAUUAAUUAAUCAAUCAAUUAUGUUAAUUAUCAUAAUGAUAAUUAACAUAAUUGAUUACAAUCAACUGAUUGACAUACGAAUGAGGGGUGUUGUUAUUUGA